UUUCAUUGUAUUUCCGGCCUCGAUUUUCUGAUACGUUUUUCGAUAAAAAACUCAGUUAAAUGGCUCCCAAGAAGGCACGACGAGAUAGAAAAUACUCUUCUAGUCCCGAAUACCAUCACAGAUCAAAAAAACAUCGGCAUCGAUCCAGAUCGUCCAGUGAAGAACGGAGUCAGAGUCGACGUCACCGCCAUAAUGAGAGCAGCCCAGAAAGCGAUGAUGGUCAUCGUCACAAGAGUCGUCACAACAAAGGUCACAGACAUGACAGAAGAGAUAAAAGGGAUCACAAGUUUGAGAACGUACGAGUGAAACGAGAGCCUACUGAUGCUGAAGAGCGGCAACGCUACGAUGAUCGAAGACGAGAAAAUCGUAGGAAUCGACCUCAAAAUCCAUUUACUGCUGACAGCCAUAAUGAAAGAUACGGGAGACAGGAUGCCGCGGCCGGGAGUGCUGAGCCUCCGCAGCCUAAGGAAGAACCAGACUUUGCUCUUUCGGGAAAAUUGACCGAGGAUACUAACACAUAUCGUGGUGUAGUAAUCAAAUACAAUCAGCCACCUGAAGCUAGGAAACCGCGGAAACGGUGGCGUUUGUAUCCAUUCAAAGGGGACCAGGCUCUCCCGAUGUUGCCAGUGCAUAGGCAUAGUGCAUAUCUUUUGGGUAGGGAGCGCCUAAUAGCUGACAUUCCAGUUGACCAUCCGUCGUGCUCAAAACAACACGCGGUACUCCAGUAUCGUUUGGUAGAUUAUGAACGUGACGACGGAACGAUGGGCCGCCAGGUCCGGCCUUAUGUUAUAGAUCUCGGUUCCACCAAUGGCACAUAUGUGAACAAUCAGCGCAUUGAAGCGCAGAGAUAUGUGCAACUCAUUGAGAAGGACGUCCUGAAGUUUGGUUAUAGCACACGCGAGUACGUCCUCUUGCAUGAGAAAAGUGACUUUGCAGAGAUUGAUGACUAUGACUGAGUUUGGGCUUCUUUGGUACAGUCUAGCUCAUAUUAAAUAUCAACACCUACUUCAUACAAUAUUUCGCCAACUAAUGAACCAAAUUCAAUGCGGUUUUUAGCAUAUUGUCAGAAAUUUUGUUUUCUUAUCAUACAUUAUAGCAGGAAUGUGAUUGCAUAAGUUUUUCAUUAUGUAAUCGGCCAUUUAAAAAACCCUCACUCAAAAACUUUUUUAUUUCGAAAUUUUUUUUAAAGUCUUUUCUUUUCAAUGAUAAAAUACAAAGUUCCAAGAAUCUUGGUAUUUAGUUCAUUAAAAUCGACCAAUCAGAACUCUAGAUAUGGCAAUUUUAAGAGAGCGCACUUAGAUCAAAACAGUAGGCGUGAAUUGGUGUGUUCUAUUGUUGGAAUGGCAAACCAUUGUGUUGUCUACACAGUGCGUCCCAUAAAAUUGCAUUUAUUUUGUUAUAUCUCCACCACCGCUUGUUCGAUUUUCAGAAAAUAAAACUAAAUAUCUUAGAAUGGUGUGCGCUGUCAUUUUAGGGAGAUUUUUUUCAAAAAAAAUUAGAAAUUAAACUAUUUUUGGAAGGGUUUUUUAAAUGAACGAUUAUAUAAUGAAAAACCUGUUUCAUUACAUUUCUGCCAUAAUGGAUGAUCAAAAAACUAAAUUUCUAACAAUAUGCUGAAAACCGCAUUGCAUUUCGUGCAUUAGUGUGGGAGAUAUCGUUUGAAGUACAUGUAGGUGGUGAUAUCAAUAUGAGCUAGACUGUACAUUUUGUGGUUUUUGUUUUUCUGUAAACCUUUGGCCAGGCCUCUCAAUGACACCAUCGAAUGCACACUGUUUAGCGUUGUCUGCGCCAAAAUGAGAUGUGCCCAAAAUUGAGUGGCAAAACCCCCCUAAAAAAUUGUAAUUUUUUACCUUUAUUUUGGAAGUUAUCAUAAAUCAGGUUCAUCUCCAACAUGAUUUUUCCAAAAAAACAAAAACUUUGCAGCGGAAGACGGACGUUUGGUGCAGACACAUUGAAAUCACAUCAAAAUGAAGGAAAGCAGUGUGUGCCUCAAGACGAUGUGAAAAAGAUGGAUGAAAAUUGUAAGCCUACUAGGCUUCAUGAAGACUAUUAUCACGGUUGUCAAUCUCAACCACAUGGUUCUGUCAUCGUAACAAAAUCACUAACGACGUGCAAUUUAUGAUUAAAGAAAGGUUAUCCCGCCAUGCGAAAAUCCUUCUCAGAAUCCGUGUUCUCUGCACUAAAUUUCUUCGGUCAGUCAGGUGCUGUGCUGUUUAUGACACCAUUCAAUAAUUUUAGUUUGGGUAUCUGGGUGUUAAAACAGAGAAACUAUAACACCAACUCAAAGAAUCUGUUCGGGUGCUAACUUUUUUGUUCGGGUUGUAAAAUGGAAAAAUAAUUUGUCCUGGUGCUUUGCUUGGACAAAAAAGGAUGGUAGAGAACCCUAUUUUCAUAGGCUUUAAAAGUUUGUCCCCAAUCUUUCUACAUGUAUUCCUUCUGUACAUGUAUAAUCAGUCUGAACAGGGAUGGAUUUCCAUACAAUGUAGCAUUUGAUGUGCAUGACCAUAUUAAUGACCAUACACAAAGUACUCACAGUUUUUAAUUAAAAUUUAUUAUCUUUAUUAUAGCAUUACUGCAUUGGCAGGCAAGUAACUUCGACUGUCUUAUGAUCCGGGAUCUCAACUGAAUCUUAAUUAUAGGCAUCAUGUGAAAAUUUGGUACAGGUUUUUAGGGGUGGGUGAAGGGGAGGGGCAACCUGCAUGUUCCUGCUUCAAAUGCUUAAUUCAAUUGAUUUCUAGGCAAUGUGCUUGAUGUAAAUGAUAACAAACCCUCUCAUUGGUCAAUGGCUUCGGCAAUCAUCGGAAAUAUCCGAACCAAACCAAACGACGGGUAAAUAGCACUUCCCUUUAAAGGGACAAAACAGGCAGCAGCUAGGCAGGCAAGAUAAAGUUACACAAAUUCGCCAAUAGGGGUCUCUCACAUCUCACAGUACGUCGAAAUGAUUCAUGCUUGUACGAGGAAUGUGAGGAAUCUGACAUGACCCAGGGCCCUUACUGUGUAUAUUAGUCAGCUGAAUAUGGCCAAAUAAGCCCCUCUGCUCCUGCCUAUAGUCCCCCUUUAAGAGCACAGAUUACUAAUUUUCACAAUCAUAGUCUCAGUCUGCUACAAAAUUGUGCUGCACUUUAAAAUAGGGUUACCGAUCAUGGACCAGGUAUGAAUACGUUGAGGUGGAACACUGCAUGUACAUUUCUUGGUUGUUUCUGUGUUGAAAGAUUAUAUAGCAUAGCAGUAUAUAUAAAGCAGGAAACAAGAUUUCUAAAGACUAAUUGGAGAUGCAUGUACAUGAUAUACCUAGCCUUUGCGAUUUAAGUUUUUUUCUCUCGAUUUUCACGUGUUUCAUCUCUGCCAAGUCUCAUCAAAAUAGCUCAUGCGAUGGGAAGUGAGAGACACUCCUGAUUAAAUUUAAGUCUAGCUGCUGAUCA